UGGCUGCUUUUGCCAUCGGCAUAUCAUCAUUCCUUGCCCCGACUGACUGGGUCGCGAACCUGCGGUAGACGAAUGAAUGUAUGCACGUCGACGCUGAGACGCUGAGAGGUGUCACGCCAGCCCCGCCCCCGCAUCGUUGGUGAGCGCGAGAGGUCGAUGCAGACAUUCUUGACAUUCUUACCAUCACUCUCAACUGCACUCCAGCAUGUCCGCUACCAUACGCAAGGCCACACUCGAGGACGCCAUCCAGGGCUACAACCGCUCGAGUAAACUGGGUUGGCCUUUCACCCUUCCAGCAUGGCAACAGCUCGUCACUUCGGAGCAAGUGUUCUUUCUCAUUUCCCCAGAAGGCGACGUAGCCGGCACAAGUUGUAUGUUCCCUCAAGGCAAAGUAGGCGCUAUUGGCCCCACAAUUGUCGACGAUGCACAUCGCCGCAAGGGCUAUGCCGCUCAACUUAUCCGCGAGAAUAUCGCCUACGCACAAUCGCUGCCGCAGGAGAAGAGGCCCACGUCACUCUACCUCGCCGCGUCCGACAUGGGCAGACCAGUCUAUGCCAAGAUUGGCUUUGAGGCCGUCACCACCGUGACAUCGUAUGGGCAUGAGCUCAAGCCCACGGAAGAAAUCCUGAAGACGAAGCCAGAGGAGCAUCUCACCCAGUCAAGUAUGGGUGCUGAUCUUAGCAUCGAGAUGGGCGGCGAGACGAUCAGCAUCGAUGACUGGUCACAGAUCAGUACAUUGUGCCAGACUGCAUCUGGUCUGGAGGAUCGACGCAAAGCUCUCGAGAUGGUCUCGCUCGCCUAUCCUCGCGCAUCCUCGGGCUCAAAGGGCGUCACGCUGCAAGUCGGUACGAAGCACUGCUUCAUCCGCCAAGGAUCCCGCAUUGUAGCCGUCGUCCUCGCUCGACUUCAGCGCAACGGCUACGAGAUUGGGCCCAUCAUCGCUUCAGAUCGCCAUCAAGCGCGCGCUCUUCUUUCCUCUGUCUUCCUCGACAUUUACCAUAGCAAGCAAGCGGAUAGCACUGCAGGAAAGGAGGUGGACGGCCAACCUUGGGGCAAAGUGGACGUGUCAAUCGAUGAAGCUACGGAUGCGGACGGAGAGCUGAGUCGCUAUUUCACAGAGAAGUGGGGCCUUGGAAGCUACAUGAAGCAGCCACUGAUGGAGUAUCUGUUGGAUCGCGAUGCCGCCGAGAGGGGGGACAAGGGUCCGAUGGGCAAAAGGGUCGAAUUGGCCAAACGAGGAGCCCUCGAGGCUCCCCUUCAGUUUGCGGUGAUCAAUUUGGCUGUCAUGUAGCGGUGAGAUCGU